AUGGACAGUAAACAUUUUGUGACGUGUGCCACUACUAUAUGAAUAAUCCAUUGUCUUUACCAUGGCAGACCAUAAGAUGCCCAUCUUAUGCCUGCUCAUUAAUGGGAAAAAGGCUUUUGAGCAUCUUAUGGUCCAUCAUGGUAAUGACAAUGGAUUAUUGAUCUACUAGUUCUUUGAGCAGCCGGUGCCCCUCUUCCUUCCUCCACCCAUCUUCUCUCGCCUGGACAGUGCUGUGGACUAUAACUACCGACCUGAAAUCCAACACAAGUAAGCAGGGGCACUGGGGCAGGAGUGGGAGCAGCACAUUUUCACCCUCAUCAGAGGUAGUGUGUUCAGCUCAGAAACAAAUAUUCCAAUGGAAGUCAACAUAUAAUGUGUCAGCAAUAAUGCGUAAGAAUUCCCAACAACUUUACACAAUGGUAUGUUCAACAACAGGAGCAAGACAAGAAGCCCCUUAUUCAGUUAUAAAGAUGCAGGUGCUAAUAGAUUUGGCCAUUGGCCAACCCAUAGGGGUUAUUAGCUAAACCAUUGUGGUCUUGUAUCUUCUGUGCAGAGAAGGCCAUUGUCCCCCGACAGUCUCCAGGGAUAAUCGAAUUGGUUUGAGUCGACCUCGUCGGUCUCACAACGCCAUCUUCCUCAACUUUUAUGACCAGAACAUCCCCACGGAGCCCCUGGAGGCUGCCAAGGUCAACUGGAAGAGAGUGUGUGUUCACCCCAGUGACAUAAAGGGAGAGGAACAAAUGAGGUCAGUAUACUUUGCAUUGGGCUUCUGAGGUUGUUACUCUGUUAUUUUAUUCACAAGCCAUUGUGAAGACUGCAGGAAUUCACACAAAGCGGGGUGAUGUUUUCACGUUUUUAAACUAUUUUUACUAUUGUUAAUCACAUAUGCAUAGGAACAUAGCUUUUUUUUCAGUUUGAGCCUUUGUUUUUUUAUCCUAAUGCUAUUUCAAGACCGAAACAUUUACUUGAGUGUUAGCCUAUAGGCUAGUUUGUAUUUGAUCCCUCUAAUUUAGAGAGAAUUACAAUGGACACUCUCAGUCCUUGAUGACGUUACCCAGUGCCUAGCAGUUUACAAACCUUUUGCGGAAAAAUGCAUUGAAAAUAUAGGGAGCGUUACCGACAAUCAAAGUUUACCCACCUAAUUAUUUUACCACUACAUCACUGACAUUACCUGCCCACCUACCCUAUAUGUUUUAUAUCACCAUGUACAGUGGAUGUUCCUACGGUAUUUGUUUGCCCAUAGGAAAAAUGUGUUGCUCAAUUAGGUAUUUUUCUGAUCUCCUGAAAUGUAUUGGAUUCUUUCUGUUUUGAAUCAUGUAGUCUGAUUUCUCUCUCCUAAAGGUGCUUUGGGAGAAAUACAAAGAAGUAAAAGAGAAGCUGUUGUUGAGACUUGUGAUAUGGAAAAUGUACACAUGGGAAAUGUUACGUACAUUGCUUUGAUAUCCCAUCUGUGUUAUCUUUUCCCAAACCACACUGUGUGUAGAUGUUUGAGAGCCGGCCCAUCUGGUCCCAGUUCGCGGUCAAGGCCAACCUGGACAUCCACCCUGAUAAACUGAAGCUGCUGCUCCCUAUCGUGGCCUACUAUAUGGUGAGGAGACCUAGACCAGCCAAUGGAAAAAGCAACAGGAAACACCUCCAAAAAUAG